AUGGCCUCGUCGUCGUCCAACGUCGUCGGCGUCCACUACCGCGUGGGUAAGAAGAUCGGCGAGGGCUCCUUUGGUGUCAUCUUCGAGGGCACAAACCUCCUCAACAACCAGCAGGUCGCCAUCAAAUUCGAACCGCGCAAGAGCGAUGCUCCGCAGCUGAGAGACGAGUAUAGGACCUACAAGAUACUCGUGGGAUGCCCUGGUAUUCCCAAUGUCUAUUACUUCGGCCAAGAAGGCCUACAUAACAUUUUGGUUAUCGAUCUGCUGGGACCGAGCUUGGAAGACCUCUUCGAUCAUUGCAAUCGCCGGUUCUCCAUCAAAACAGUGGUCAUGGUUGCGAAACAAAUGCUUUCCCGCGUCCAGACGAUACACGAAAAGAACCUUAUCUACCGAGACAUCAAACCAGACAACUUCCUCAUUGGCCGACCGGGCUCGAAAUCCGCAAAUGUCAUCCAUGUAGUCGACUUCGGCAUGGCGAAACAGUAUCGCGAUCCAAAAACAAAGCAACACAUACCUUAUCGGGAGCGAAAAUCACUUUCGGGGACGGCGCGUUACAUGAGCAUCAAUACACACUUGGGCCGAGAGCAGUCACGGCGAGAUGAUCUGGAGGCACUAGGGCACGUGUUCAUGUACUUUCUACGAGGCGGACUACCCUGGCAAGGCCUGAAGGCGGCAACCAACAAGCAAAAAUACGAGAAGAUUGGCGAGAAGAAACAGACGACAGCCAUCAAAGACCUCUGCGACGGCUACCCCGAAGAGUUCAAUAAAUACCUCUCCUACGUGCGCAAUCUCGGCUUCGAAGAUCAACCUGACUACGACUACCUCCGCGAACUCUUCACUCAAGCCCUCAAAUCCACCGGCGAGGUCGAGGACGGCGAGUACGACUGGAUGAAGCUGAACAACGGCAAGGGCUGGGAGGCCAUGAAAGCGCACCCCUCAGCCGCACACCUACACCACCCGAACGCAGUGCCCAAUUCCUCAAACCGCGAACUGCACGGCCAGAACGCCCGCAUCUCCAAAACCCCCGUCCCUCCGGGCCGCCUGGAUGCCGAGCUCCCCAAACCAGGCGCCACGCGCGGCGCGCCGGGCGUCAAUGCCCGCCAACCGGGUACCCGCAGAGACCAGGUGCCGUACCAUCCAGACAUGGCGAAGAGGCGGAGUACGGCGGAUCUGGGACCUCCAGAGGGGAGCACGGCGGCGCAGUUCCAGAAUAGCAGGCAGAACCUUACGCCGCCGGGGGGGCUGCAGACGCAGCAGGGAACCUCGCCACCGACGGGAAACGUGCAGGCGGCGCCGAGGGCGCAACAAGCACAACCUGAGCAGAAGGAGUCGGCGUUCAAGAAGAUCAUGAAGGUGUUGUGCUGUGGUGAGUUUUGA